GGAGAAGUGAGGCAUCUCUUCAAGGAUGUUUUCAACAUUUCUCAAGAUGCCGAUUUUAUACUCCAUCAGGCAGCUAGUCAUGAGGAUGUCUACAUAUAUGAAUACAAAGACAGCCCAGGUCCUAAUUGCAAAGAUCUCAUCUUUGACCUGAAAUGUGGGUCCAAAAGCCCAUGGAACAAUAAAGUCAUUGGCUUUCUCCUUGAAGAAUUGCAGAGAAGGGAGGCGUAUUUCAGGGAAGUUCUUCAAACCCGCUACAAGCGCCUGCAUACAGUGUGGACGGCUGCACAACCUAAGGUUACAGCAAAGGGUGGAGUGGAGAGUCCUGCAGAGGUGGAACAGAGGCUGAUAGUGAAGAAGGAUGAGACAUUGAAAGCAACUUGUCAAGCAAUGCAUCGGAAAAAUAAAUAUGUUUGCAGAGUUACAGUUCUUAACCAUCUCAUUAAGCACAAGACCAAUGAGAAUGAGGAAGACCUCCCAGCCUGGCAGUGGCUUCAGCAACUAGUCAGGAUGUUA